UGAUGCGAAGCAAGCAAAGAUGAGUGGGUUAAGAAUGAAUGUGAUUGAUCAGUGUUGGAGAUUGAACCCAGAAUGGAGGAGACAUAGGAUACAGCUUGCCAUGUGCUCUGUGGGCUAUGCAGGCAAGAUGACAAAUAACAUUGGGAAGGACGUGAUCCACUAUAAAGUCACGGAUCCAAAUGAUGACCCCGUUAACCCAAAACCCGGAACAUUGAGAUACGGAGCCUCUGUGAUCCAAGGCAAGGUUUGGAUCACCUUCCAAAGAGACAUGCACAUCAAGCUUGCUAGACCCCUUCUUAUCAGCAGCUUCACUGCUAUUGAUGGCCGAGGCGUUGAGGUCCACAUUGCUCACAACGCAUGCUUCAUGAUCUACAAGGCAACCAACAUUAUCAUCCAUGGGCUUAGGAUCCAUCACUGCAAGCCUCAAGGUCCAGGGAUGGUGAUGGGUGGUGAAGGGAAGGUGAUAUCUCUGGGUCAUGUAGAUGGAGACGCAGUCAGAUUGGUUUCCGCUUCAAAGAUUUGGAUUGAUCACAACACUCUCUACAGAUGCUCAGACGGCCUUCUGGAUGUCACGAGAGGUUCCACUGACGUGACGGUGUCCAAUAAUUGGUUCAGAGAUCAGGACAAGGUCAUGCUCCUUGGGCACGAUGAUGGUUAUAUCAGAGACCAGAAUAUGAAGGUCACUGUAGUCUACAACCAUUUUGGACCUAAUUGCAACCAACGCAUGCCCAGGAUACGACAUGGGUAUGCUCAUGUAGCCAACAAUCUGUACCAAGGAUGGCUACAAUACGCCAUUGGUGGCAGCAUGGAGCCCAGCCUCAAAAGUGAAGCUAAUCUCUUCAUAGCACCAACCUCAGGAAGUAAAGAGGUGACGUGGAGGAAAAGUAGUAAUGGGAAUGACAAAGCAUUGGAAUUUCAUUCCGUGAGGGACGUCUUUGAGAACGGAGCUUCCUUCACUGUAACAAAAGGUGGACAAGUGCCAAAGCCUAAUUAUAACGCCAACAAAGAUUCAAAGUUGCAGAUGCUUCAUGUGUAAGGCCACUGACUAUCUCAGCUGGCGCAUUACGAUGCAGUAAAACCUCAAGGUGCUGACUUCAGUUACAAUGCGGGGAUUUCAAAUCUGAAGCAAGAUUAUUCUCUCAAUUCGAUUUGAUGACUUGAUUGAUGAACCUGUGUAUAUAUUAGCGGGCAUUGUACCUUAAGAAGAAUGUUGACAUCAUUUUAAUGUUGCUGCUGAUUACUCCAUGUAUUUAUUUGUUCCAUUUGGGACCCAUAAUAUCUGGAAGUGAUGAUGAGUUAUUUCA